AUGUCGAAUCGUGGAAUGACCAAAAAGUUCUUGAUUUCAGAAAUGGAUCGAAGUGUGAAACGGAUGUUGCAAUUGAUUGAAGAAGAAGGUGAUUCAUUCGCCAAAAAAGCCGAAAUCUAUUACCAGAAGCGACCAUUACUCGUAGCUCAGGUCGAAGAUUUCUACGGGAUGUUCAGAUUAUUAGCUGAACGUAUCGAAAACCCCGCCCCCGGCGACGUAAAACGGACAGUUCCGACGGAUCUCCGCAAGCAAAACUCCGGCGGCAUCUCCGACUUCUGUUCUGAACCACCUUCUAGAAUGCACUCUCCUACGGACAACCGACUCACCCGUCGCUUAUCCGGAACUCGACCCGGUGGGUUCGAUUUCAUCGGAAACAAAGAUGGCGACGAAAAUUGGAUGAUGGAAUCGGAAUCGGAUUCCGAUGAUUCAUCCAUUUUUAAUUAUUCGAGUGCAUCGACGUAUCCCAGUUACAGACGAUUGCGAAGAAGAAUCAACGAAUUGGAAUCUGAGCUUAGAAGGGUUCAGAUCAUACAAGAAGUAAAUGGUGUUGCAUCGUUGCAGGAAGAACUUCGUCUUGUGAAGGAUAAGCUCCGAUCAUCGGAAGAACAGAUCGGAAAACUAAAACUGAAGCUUGCCGAGAAAUACGAAUCGCAACGAUCCAAUGAUAAGGAUUCCAAAACUUCUUCCGUAUGUAACGAUUCCGAUAGGGUUUAUGGUUCCGAUCAAAGCGAAAACAGAGAUGUUUCGAAGCUCGAAGCUCAAAUUUCACGAUAUAAGUCGAGUUUAACGGAACGUGAUCAAGAAAUCUUGAAGCUUCGAAACCAGGUGACGAAUCUGUUGAAAGAACGAGCGUUCAGAAUCAAAGAAUGGGGAUUACAGCAUGAAAUGGGGAUGAAGAGAACCGAAAUCGAAGACGAAAUGGGACUCAAGAAAACCGAAUUGGAAGACGAAAUCGAGGAAUUGAAGAUCGAGAGAGAUGGGUUAGUUGCGAAAGUGAGUGAUUUGGAAGAAGAAAUGAGUUUGAAAGAUGAUCAAAUCGAGCAUAUGCACCAACGUUUGCAGAAACUUCAAUCGCAGUACGAGAAAUCAAGCCGGUCGAUCGAGGAGUUGGGGUGUCGGAGUCGAGAACUCGAGCAGGUGAUCGAAAAACAGCAGGAGAUGAUCGAAGAAGCAGCUGAAGAUAAGCGACAAGCGGUGCGACAGUUGUGUAUUACGCUCGAGCAUUAUCGGAACGCGUAUCAAAUGCUACGACAAGAUCUUAAGGAACAAAGGAAACCGGUUAAGUUUCGGUCUUCCGGGGCCCUUUAG